AUGACUUUGUUUUUUAAUUUUUAUUCGUACUCUAACAAGAAAUUAAUGAAAGGAAUUAUAAAAUCAUGACAAGCAGGGGAAAUCACAGAAGUACACGAAUAAAUUAUAAAUUCCAAAAUGAAACGUCCGAACCUAAAGGAACAAAACCUAUUCGGGAAGCUUCAUCAAUAUUAGAAGUUUUCAUACUAAUGAUUGUGCAUAUUUGUAAGAAGGUACUCUUCUUUGACACAAAUUUAAAAAUAGCUGUAUAUUUAGGAGCUCUCUUUUUAUUGUCCCUUAUAGCGGAUGUUCUUACAUUUCCAAAAACUUACUUUUCAAGAAGUGACAAUAUAUUUAACCAAUAUUUUGUGAAAAUAGGCUGGUUCUGGACACUAUUUUUAACAGUUCCAUAUGUUUAUUUGACAUCUCACACUACUUGUUGUGGAAAAAGAAAACUAAUUGUAACAGCUCAUUUAAUGAGAUUGUUAGUUGCUACUGGGUUUUGGUAUGUGUGGGUUACAUUAUUCAAUAUAGUUGAAAUAAAUUAUGGGCGAUGUAAUUCAAGAUCUUACAAUGAUAAAGUUUCUUGUUUGAAAGAAGGCCACUUUUGGAAUGGUUUUGACAUAUCUGGACACUGUUUUAUAUUGAUUUACUCAAGUUUAGUUUUAAUUGAAGAGGCAAGAGCUAUUAACGGAUGGGAAAGGAUCAGAGAUUACAUUAGAGAUGAAAAGUACUCAAGAAGUUUAAAUGACAAAUCGCCGAGUAGCAAUCCCCUUAAAAAUAUCAGUAAAGAAGAAUUAGAGACACUUAAAACAUCAUAUGAAAAAUUUACACCAUAUGUGAGGGCAUUUCUGAUAGCUAUGGCACUUCUUCAACUUCUAUGGGAUGUUAUGUUGGUAUCAACAAUAUUGUAUUACCAUAUCAUGGUGGAGAAAUUCAUUAGUGGAAUAAUAGCAAUUUUUACAUGGUUUGUAACAUACAGAGUUUGGUAUACAAUACCUUAUUUACUACCAAAUUUACCUGGUCAAGGAAUAUUCAAAUAUAAUAUGGAAAAAGUAAACACAACUAACAUACCACUAAGAAAAAGAUCUAUUAUAACAGACAGUAAGCAUUUUAUGGGAAUGCCUAUUAAUAAAGGUCAAGAUCAUGAAGAUGUAAAAUAAGGAAUGGUUUUACUUUUUUUUUUUUGGUGUUAUUGGUAGUAAGUUUAAUAAAUGAUGGUUAUUUAUUUUUAAAUACCUAUAAGCUUGAAUUUUUAUACCUGUAAAUUUUGGUAGGGUAAUUAAUUGUUUUGUUUCGAGGCACAAAUCUUCAUUAUAAUAUAGGUAUAUAAUAGUAAUUGUAUAUUAAAUGUUAAUGAAGGGUUGUGCCUGCAGCAUGUAAACAUUGUUGCAUUAAGUACUAAAAAAAUUGUACCAUUUGUAUAAAGUCAUAUUUUUCAGUAGAGCAAAAAUAUGUCUAUUUCUCUAUUACAUAAUUAUUUAUUAAAUAUAUUUUUUUUUUUAGAAAAAUAUUAACAGUUCUUUUAUAUUUGGUUAUGUAUUUUCCUAGCUUUAAUCCAAAACUUUUUCAUUUAAAUUUUAUGUAGUAGGUACUAGAAUUUAAGCAGAAAUAUACCUAUGUACGUAUAAUAUUAUAUUCAUAACUUGCCAACAAUUAAAGAUACAAUUGGUGAAAGAAUUACCAUUGCAUAUUGUCUGCCACCUCCCUGCCCUGAUGCAUAAUUUUAAUUUUAUAAAGACUGCUAAAGAUCUAUAAGAAGCCCACAAAAAUCCACCUGGUAACCUGCAUUGCAGUAAAGUAGUAGAUUGACAUGUAUUCCUGUCUUGAAAGUGGAUUAUUUUGCUGUGUGCUAUAAAUAAGGCUGAUGAUAACUUUUCAUGGAAACUGAAGCACUAUUUUAGCAAUAGAGUUAUAUAGGUACCUGAGCAACACCUUGGAUGUAGUUGUAGACUGCAGGAUCAGACUGAAUCCGUUUUAGAAUAGACUGGACAAACAUCAGAGAGACAAAAUGCACAAAAAAUUAUAAAGGUGCAUCAGCAAAAUCUGCUUAAUAAUAAUAAUAAUAAUAUUGGGUAAAUAUUUGUGGAUACUCUGUAUGUAUAAUAAAAAGACUUGUUCUAUUAUAAAUGUAUCGAGAACCUAUUUAUGUGGGGUAUAUAUUUCUUUUAUAUAUACACAAGUUAUUAAAUAAAUAUUUUAUGAGGUUUUGAAAUGAAACAUGAAUGUUUUUCCCUCAUUUAUACUUUUAAAAUUUACUUUUGUUUGUAAAUUUUGGUGGUUUGUAUAAACUACUUUACUUAUCAAUUUCUUGUAGUGCCUUCAACGGAAUUUCGACUUGCCUUACUCUAUUUUUGGUUUUGUAUUACAAUAAAGAUUGAGCCACACUGGACGGAUUAUGCACCAAAGCCAAACUGCGAGACGGCGCGGCGGUCUUCUGAAGCUUGAGCAGUUUAUCACAUACGAUUUCGCAUAAAUAUCGUCAUCGAAUUUUUAGUCUUGGCAAUUCCGUCCAGUGCCGGCACAUAAAUGCUCAUUAAGUGUUUAUUAAAAAUUUACCAAGUAAA